CUCAAAGCUAAGUGGUGGCGAAUCUCUCCGGGGCGGAGACUUCUCUCUCUCUGCUUCUGGUGAUUUUUUCUCAUUUCCCCAAGAGCACUAACAAAGAUGUCCGACGCUCCGUUCGUCAAGGUUGCGACCAUCGACGCUAAGGGCCACCUCCUUGGCCGUCUUGGUUCGGUCAUCGCUAAGCAGCUCCUCCAGGGUCAGAAGAUCGUGGUCGUCCGCUGCGAGGAGGCCGUUGUCACUGGCUCUCUCCCCCGCAACCGUCUCAAGUACGCCCGCUACCUGGACAAGCGCAUGCAGACCAACCCCAUCCGUGGUCACAUCCACUACCGCUCUCCUUCCAAGAUGCUCGUGAAGGUCAUCCGCGGUAUGCUUCCCCACAAGACCCCCCGUGGUGCUGCUGCCCUUGACCGCCUGAUGGUCUUCGAGGGUAUCCCCCCCGCCUACGACCGCACCAAGCGCGUUGUUGUCCCCGACGCCCUCGCCAAGCUCCGCCUGCGCCCGGACCGCAAGACCACCAACCUCGGUGAGCUCGCCUCCAAGGUCGGCUGGAAGUACGGUGCCGUCGUCUCCGUCCUCGAGGAGAAGCGCAAGGCCCGCUCUGAGGCUUACUUCAAGGCCAAGCAGUCCAUCAUCGCCGCCAAGGCCAAGGCCGUUGCCGCCAACGCCGACGCCAUCAAGCAGCACACCGAGUACCUCGCCUCUGUUGGCUACUAAAUACUCCGGCGUCCCCUGCGCUCGCUCGCUCGCGCCCUGGGCAGUGUGUUCUUGGCAUCAAGCCUCUUUCCACCUCCCUGUUUUGAACUUGUGUCAGCCCACUCCCCGCGUGUGCUUUCUCCCCCCAAGAAAUAUACGCCCGGCUAAGGAAAUACAGUGUCCCGCGCGCGACUCCUCUCCCCCCCCCACCAA